GUGCGUGAAGCUUUUUCUCUCUCACUCUCUCUCUGAAACCAGGACCAAUACCAGGAUUGAUUCUUCACUCAGUUAAAGAUGCCACAACCUGGUGACUUGAUAGAAAUUAAACGUAGAGGUUAUCAGCACUGGGCUGUGGAUGUUGGAGAUGGUGAUGUUGUUCACUUGGUGAAGGACGAUAAUUCAUCCCUGCCAAUAUACCAAUCCGAUCGAUGGAUUCGCGGUUGCCAGGUUAAGAAAGAAAAACUCGAGGACGUGGCUGGAGACAAUGAGUGGCAAGUGAAUAACACACGUGACCGAAAACAAGCACCUCUGCCCGCUGAGCAAAUAGAGAAAAAUGCUCUUUCGCUGGUGGAAAACACCGUGCACUACCGUCUCCUUCAAUACAACUGUGAGCACUUUGCCAACGAGCUACGAUACGGACACGCCACAUCUAUGCAAGUCAUGAAAUUGAUGGUCGGAGUUGGAGUGAUUAUUGUUGUACUGGCAGUGACAAUCGUUGGACCAAGCAGAGUAGCAAAGGCAGCAAUAAAGGGAGCAAACUUGGUGUUCACCAAAGUAAGGGCAGCACUGAAGGCAGCCUCAGCAACACUGAAGGCAGUCCCAGCAGCACUGAAGGCAGCCUCAGCAGCACUGAAGGCAGUCCCAGCAGCACUGAAGGCAGCCUCAGCAGCACUGAAGGCAGCCCCAGCAGCACUUCUGGCUAUUUCCAUCAAAUCUACUACUACCUAAAAUAAAGCAAAAUGAUGAAAAUUAAA